GAAAUAAGCAAAACCACCUAACCGAAAAACACCCGCCCCAACGCCCACCCUUUUCUCUCUCUCUCUCUCUCUGGAGGCGAGAUAGACGAUGGAGCAUGGACAGGAAGAAGGAGAAGAAGCUCAGGUCUCAACUCACCUCUUUGUGCGGGACAGUUCUUCACCAAUCCUCCAUCACCACCAGGCACAAUCACUCGCUCUCUAACACUGUCAUUCAACUUCUGGAAUUCUCCAUCUUUUCCGAAAAUGGCUGCUUUAAAGAGGGCAUAUGCGGAUAUUAUCCUCAACACAGCAAAAGAGGCAGCAACCCGUAUUCUGGUUUCAGAGCGCAAGUCUCUUCGAUUCCAGCAAGAACUUUUUGCUGCCAAGGAAGAGGCUCUCAACAUGCUCCUACGUCUCAAGCAAGUUAUGGAUUCCAAGAUUGCUGAGGUGGAAAGGGAAUGCUUAUGUCAGAAAAGAAAGGUUCAAGAGCUUGAAGUUCACCUCAACAAAGCAGAAGAGACAGUAAAAGACCUCAGAACCGAGCUAAAAAUAGUGCAUGAUGAACUGGAGAGCAUGAAAAAUAACCUGGCAAAGCCAAUGGACGAAGAAACUGCGAAGUGCCAUUGUGAUGUCCGCGACAAUGCAUGCCGGGGGAAGAAAAUGUAUACUUAUGAUUCAAUCAUGUGUGGUCUUGUUUCAAGACCCAAACUUGUGUCAACUUUCGACAGCAGGGAUACAUCGCAAAAUUGGUCAAGUGCAGAUGAUUGUCGUCGCAUGCCUCCUUUUGAAGAUGCAACAACACAUACUGAACCCUCGAAUGCUGCAUCACCCUCAAAGGAUUAUUGUGCUAGCAACCCUGAUUUGCCAUCCAUAAUUAUGAGAAGCAAAGAACCUGCUGAGUCGUACAAAAAUGGAUUUACCCAGAGAAUUCAUGCAUCAGAACAGAACCUGCUUUCAGGGAAACUACCUCCUCCUGGGCAAACCAAUGAUAGAUGUGAAUCGGUAGUUGGAGAGGAUGGAACAGCCAAAAAGAUUUGCACCGUGGAUUCACCUAAGGUUGAGAAUGCAGAGGUUCUGGUCGAGAACUCAACUGGGUCGAAAGAAAUGGUGCAACAUGAUAGCAGCAGUGACAGAGGCCGAGUUGUCACGUUCUUCCGCAGAUCCUCUUUGAGAAAGCAACGGUCUAGAUGUAAUCAAAUUGAGGCUACAACCACCUGGGGAACUCUACCUGCUCAGGUCAUGGAAAACCGUGAACUGUCAAAUGUUUACUCUUGUUCUGAAAGUUCUCCAUGUUCACAAGGUAAUGCGACUGAAUUUGAAGCAAACCUAUCGAGCAUGACUCGGGAAGAGGCCCAUAAUGGCUUUGACUCCCAUUUUGCUCCCGAAGACAGCAAAAACUCACAAAACAGAAGUGAUGGUGAGAUUAUUGUGACAGGGAGUGUUGAGAAUGCUACAGAUAAAUUAAAAUUAUUGACCGAGGAAUCCUUGUUAACAAGACAGGAUUCCAAAGUUGCAGAUGCUUCAGAUGUUUCUGUUUGUAAAGUGAACCUUGAGACGGUUGAUGUGCCAUUGAUGAAUUCUGAUUUGAAAGAUGAAAAACUAUGCAAAAUAGUUGGAGCUCCUACUCAAGCUGCAAAUGAUAGGCUUCUCAAGUAUACAUUCCGGCGGAAGCGCAAGAGGGAACCUUUGGGGAUCCACAAGGAUGAGAUUGUCAUUGAAAAGAAGAACCCUUCGAAGAGAAGGACAGCGGAUAAGAGAACUGCCGUGCUGGAGACACAAAAACCUACCCAAGUGAUGGGUUCAUCACGAGACAGUCGCCGACUGGUGCAGGUUGCUCGCCAGCUCAUUUCUCUUUCUGGGAAAAGAUGGUAGGAGAUUUUCGGCUUUCUUAUAUCGAAUGGGAAGUGAAGUUGAACUUGAAGGACAACCAACUCUAGAACUUGAUUUUCAUUGACAUAAAACUCAUUCUGCUUUCAACUGCUACUGCUACAGCCUGAUGAAUGACAACCCAUCCUUUCAGCCAAGGUUCGCAUGUUCAUUCCAAUACCCGAUAAAAGCUGACUUCGGACUAUGAUGUGGAGAUCGAGAACUUGGUUACUUCUUCAGAAAUAAUGCAUGGUAUCAUCCGCGUCACCCAUAUGUGUUGUUGUCAAACUGUUUAUCCUUUUCAUCCAAUGAUUUUGCUGAGUUAUUCCGUCUGUAAUGUAUGCACAAAGAAGUUACGAGAGGUGGCUCUUUUUAUUCAACCUUUGAGGAGUGUUUCUUGUAGACUUUGGUUUCUUAACUGGCUGAUCCUACUAUUUUCAAGCAUUGACAUGAGAAACUUCAUGCAUGUUGUGGCGGCGGAUUAAGAUUCCAUUACAUUCCAAGUUUUCCUUUCUUUCAUGAUGACCA